GGUUUUCGAAGGGAGGCAUGGGCAAGCAGGGGGAGCUCAUGGAGCAGAUGGCGAAGGCGCAGCGGGACAGGAUGAAGAGGGAGCUCGAGGAGAAGCUGAGGGAGAGCGGGGACUUGCCCAAAGAGGAAGACGACCAUGCCGCCAAGCCUGCCGCGGCGAAAGGGGCGGCGGCAAGAAUCAAGCCCGACCGGUCCUGGCGACAAGCGGGCGCCGCCAAGCCCCCUUCCGCCUCGGCCAGCGCGCCAGCAGCGGCAGGAACAGGGGCGCCGGCGAAGACGGGCGCGGCAGGCGUCGGGGGUAAGGUGUGGCCUAGCACGCGGGAGGAGGGGCGGUCCGGGGACGAGUACGAGGAGUACAACCAGUUGCUGGAGAGCACGGGGGAUCACAGCGGAUCCCGCAAGUCGCCAGAAGUCGAAAACCCUCGCGCUGUGUACACGGACUGGGAGACUAUGCGAGACAAGGCGCAGUGGGACGCCGUCGUUGCCGGCAAGAAGCCGGUUGGUAACCGUUCUCCGGUAGCGUCCGAGACCGAAUACAGCGACUUCGAGGCGAUGCUCAGUGGUGGAGCUCGGAUCUCGUCCAACAGCCUGGGGCUGAAGGCGGCGGAAAAAAAACUCGCAAAGCGUGUAGAGAAGAAGGUGGAACUAGCGUUUUCGCGAGGGGAUUUCGCGCCACUGGACCCUUGGCGCCUGCUCUCUGACACGGACGGCAAUAAGGUAAACUUUGGUCUUUUCCAGGGCACGAAGCCCCUGCUGGUGGUUGCGGAACCGAAGCCGGGGAGUGGCGCAAUGAAGCAAGCCAUGUACGAGCUCAACACGCGCAUGCCUCGAAAGUGGGUGGAGGUAGUGGCGGUCACCGGGGAUCCGCGGGGGAGCAACCGCAAGGUGGUCAAGAAGAGCCGCUUCUUUUUCCCCGGGUUCAGGGAGGAGGGGGGGGAGGGGAUGCGGGGGUAUGGGGUCACCCGGGGGGGGUUCCGGGAGAAUAGGCCUUUUUUGAUCGAGCGGGAUUUGGGGGGGAUCGUCAACGUGUGGUCGAACUUUGAUGCCCUCUCUUUGGUGGACCUCGUGAAGGGUCACUUCAAUCCAGACCGAUGAUGGCGGGGGGGGGGACACUGCGGACGCGAACGCGGGCGACUGCUGCGAUAUGAUUGGCCAACGGCCGACGGAUCUCUGACCCCUGUCUUGCCGGAUGGUGUCGCUCUUGUUGCCGAGUGUGCGGUUAGGGGGAGAAGCUGUGCAGCUGAUCAUGUACCUUGAAAUCGAUUAGAUGCUUCCCGAGCAUUGUAAGAGGCGUUGGAGCUCGAGGGAAUACUCGCGCUGCUGAAUCCGCGCGUGCACACAGAAUUGGACCCUGGUUGUUGUUGGGUUGCUUGUUUCCGACUCUUUCGUUUUUCCUGGCUGGCCGGGGUAGAGGGGACAGCAUAGGGAGCUCGCCAUCGUCCGGUACAUGCCUCUUGGGUGCGGGAUAUGUUCGUAGUCCAGAGGCUGUUUGUUCACGAUGAGGACGUGUCUUUGGUUGAAACAUAUGGCAGCCGCUGUGUGGUGGCGGUACCGCCGCGUGGUUUUUUAUCUCCAGCUUGGGGAAAGGAGAUACGACUUCAUGUCGAAAAACUUGCAUCUGUCCAAGCCAUCCGCGAUGUAAGUAUCUCGAGAGUUUGGAAAGGCCAUUGAUGUCAUGAGACCGUAGCUUAGGUCCCUAGCUACAAUAGAUUGCUCCAUUUCUCGGCUGCGGAGACUAAACCCGAGGUGUGCUCGUUGUGUGCUUGCUUGUCUUCUCAGGCUACUGCUGCAGCACAUGCACGAUGUCGGAAAAAAGUAUGCUACGGUACAGGACGAUAGAACUGGCGGGUUAUUGGAUCCACCGGGUUGGUCGAUGCCGCCAUGUCGUUGCUCCGUGAAAAGGGAUGCCGAUAUGAUUGAUUGCUGUUAUCCACACGCCAUGACCCGAAGGGACUGCUGUUCGUGUGUGCUCUCUUGUCUGGUGGCUGCUUCGAGGGCGCAACUCAUGAGAACGCCUCAAUGGAUGCCCGUGUGUGUACCGCAUACAUGCAUGCAUAUUGUGCCAAGGUUUCGCAACCGGCCAUCUUUUUAUAGCGCCGCCGAUCGUUCCGGUGUAUAGGCCUGUAUUUUGUAUGGCGGCAGGUUGAUGGAGUGCAGAAAUCGAAUACUCCGUAGAAGUACUGUGGGAUGUGUUCGUGGGUUGAAAGCCUGACGGACCCGGGCAUUGAACUUUUAUUGAGAGGCACACUGACCUGGACCACUAUGUAGGUAGCCAUAGACCAGGGUCGACUUUUGUUCGUGAUGCGGCUUUUUCGCCGUACGGAAUCCUUGCAUCGAUUUCGAUGUGGUCAAAACGGGGUGCAAUCCACAAUGCCUGGUGGCAAAUUUCUUGUUGCUGUAUACUCGGUUUCGGAUGAACGAAUAUACCUGCUCACC